AUGGGAUCUUCAACAUGCUCUGCAGCUUCUCAAAAUGGUCAUUUUGAAAUGCUAAAGUGGGCCCACGAGAAUGGUUGUCCAUGGGAUGCCGAUACAAUGGUGGGUGCUGUGAAGGGUGGGCAUCUCAACAUUCUGAAAUGGUUGCAAUUGAAUGGCUGUCCAAAGCACGAUUGGCUCCUCGUCCAUGCUGCUUAUGGUGGUCACUUGGAAAUCGUGAAAUACGCUCUUGACAAUGAGUUAGGUACGAGCUUGACACAUCUGAUAUGUUCGAUUGCUGCCGGUGCUGGUCACUUGGAAAUACUCCAGUGGGCUCAUGCCCAUGGAUAUUCUUGGAAUUCCACACCUGCUCUGGGCUGCUGA